AGCUGUUUAUUCACCAUGAUGGCUGUUUGGGCCUGCUCAGGUAGGGCUUUGCUCCUUGUUCUGCUGACUGGUGCAAGUUACUGCUACCCUGCAAAUAAAGGUUUUGAUGCCGGCUCCGCCUAUGGCAGCAGUAACCGUGCAGACCCGACGUCUGCCGGCUCCAGCUGGGAAGGGCCUUCCUCUGGAUAUCCAGAUUCUGGUGCGAGGGCUGCUGCUGCUAAAACCCGUCCGCAAACCGCUUCACGCAAAGUGCCAAAGUACUCUCAGCCCGGUGUUCAGAACAAACAUCAACAAGACAUCAACUGGUCAGGUGCACCUCCCAGUCCUUUUUCUUCUGAGGAAAGACCCAGUGCCCGCCGCUUUGCCUCCAGUAAACCUGAAGCACUUGGCUCCAGCUAUGUGGGUCCACCUGCUCCUCCCCAGUUCCAGGCAGGUGAAUUGUCUCACACAGAGACCAGCCACGAGAAUGGCAACUACGAAUCUGAGACGGAAGAGCGAGGCAUCCCACCACGACCUCCAGGUGUCGCUGUUGCAGAUGGACCAGUGCCUAAUGGUGAACUCCCAUCAGUCCCUGGUGGAGGACGGGUUGUGUAUCCUUAUUCGAUAGACUACAUGUUCCGGAUGGGCCGGUAUCCUCCAGGCACACUCUCUCACUUCACCGACAGCUUUGAGAAGGGGAGGGACUCCUGGCAGGACUCACACCAGAUAAGAUACAACUAUCCUGCUAAGCCCCGUACUCUGCAGGCUGAGACCAUCCCCAUUGACUCUGGAGCACCUCGGCGCAAUAAGCGUCCAAGCCGACCUGUGAAGCAGUCUGCUGGGAGUGCUGGCUAUGGUCAGACCAGUGCGGUGAAUGGACAAAAACAGCCCUACAGAAGAGUUGGGUCCAGCAGGAUGACACAGCCCAAGCAUGGUUAAGGUUGAAGACCAAUUGCUCUGGUUGUUUUACUGCUAAGUUCUAGUCAAGGUUUCUGGUGCUAGCAAAUGAUUGAACUCAAUAGCUGCAGUUUGUAUCUACGGAACAUGCCAGAUUUCUCCAUCUUUGUUCCAACUUCAAUAGCAAUGAGCUUUAAUGGUAAGAUUAUGCUAGUCUUGUGUUUACACCAUGUUUAAAUGGAAAAUAAACCUCAAUAGUACAAAUGGCA